CUGACCUUUGUUAACUUGAGCAACUGGGGUCAGUUUGUUCAGAGAACUCAACUGGCAACAUGAAGAAGAAGAUGAAGAUGUCCGAAGGCAAAAAGCUCAAGACUUUAAGCGGCAAUGCAGCCCCUCGUCUAAAUACAGAGAGGAUGGAAACACGUGGACGUGGAGGCAUCUUUCCUCUUUUAAGAAUCGACCCUUUAAUGCCUCAUUUCAUAGGAAGUUUAGGGUUAAAAAUCAAUCGCAGAGGAAGUAGAAGGGAGAGAUUUCUAAGAGCGCAGUCAAAGAAAAGAAUCAUUCUCGAAUAUGGAGGAUAAGAACUCGUCAGGCCCAAUUCCUGAUGGCUGGGAGGUUAAGACUGAAUGCCAGAAGGAUGGAUCUGAAAUCCCGUUCUACUGGUGUCCCAGAAGUGGUCAGCAUUUCUACACAUAUAAAGAUAUGAUGCGAUAUGUAGAAUAUGCUCAGAAAAACCAGCUUUCGAUCUACUCACCAGAUUUUCAGACCAUGAAAAUUAGAAAGAAAGCUAAUUGGUCCCACAAGGGGAACAGAACUAUAAUUGCUCCUCGGAGAAGUCACUUUCUGGGGGAGAGUUCAAAGACACUGCCUUCUUAUCGGGUAACUUUUCUAGAGGAAAGCUCCGACUUAGAGGAAAGGACUACCCUGUCUAACCCUGAGGUCAGUACUGAAUCUACUAAUACAGGGAAGGAUAUGGAAGCUAGUCAGGCUGGGAUUGACAAGGAACCAGAAAUUUUGAGCAGUGACCUUGAAGCAUUGUUAAUUGGGAUUGAGAAAUUAAGCCUUUGCUAAUUGAAAUUUAGAUGAGUUUAACAUUUUCUCCAAUAAUGAUUAAACAAUUUAAACCAUACUGCCAUUUGGUAUGUUUCCUUUCACUUUUUAAGAUA